UUUUUUUUUUGUUAUGCAAGGGAUUCAACAAUAAAUCUUUUUUUUUAUAUAUAUACAUAUUUAUAUUUUUAUAUUUAUUUGUUUAUUUCUUGUACGUAUUUUCUUUUGUUUUUUUUUUUCUCCUUCUAAUAUUUAGUAAUGAUUGACUCUAAAAGAUUAAGUGAAAUAUUUCAAUAUAAACAAAAGGACAAAGUAUUGAAAGGGAGAGUGAUUAAUGUUGUAAAUCAAAUCCCUUUCAACUGUUACAUGACAAAUGAUGACAAUGACAAGGAAAUGAUAGAAAGGCUGAACCAUCUUCAGUUACAAAAAAGGAAGGAGACGAGUGAUAAUGACAACAAUACGACUCCUAUUUCACAUCUCGAAAGAAGAAGACGUUCGACAAUUAUUGCUCUUGGUCAAACAAACGUUUGGCAACUAAAGACUCGAAGAGGUCACUCAGCCAUGUACGCUGCUAUUGAUUCUGUGAAAAAGAAUCACAAGACACUUUAUAUUGGAGGAACAGGUGCUGUCUUAUCACAACACGUAAAACAACCUAUCGAAUCAAAUUUAAUUUCGGAUAGCGAUAAAGAAUCCUUAAAGCAUCUUUUGUUAACACGCCAUGAUAUGAUUCCCAUCUUUAUUGAUGAUAAAUUAUCCUACGGUCAUUAUGAAGGUUACAGUAAACAAGUUCUUUGGCCAUUAAUGCAUUACGUAAUGUGGUCUGAUAAAGUCAAUGAACUCUCCUUUUGGGAAGAUUAUGUCAAAGUAAAUCAAAUUUUUGCUGAUGAAGCCAUUAGAAAUUAUCAAGAAGGGGAUAUAAUUUGGGUUCAUGAUUAUCAUUUAAUGCUUGUUCCUCAAAUGAUUCGAAAUGCUUUACCAGAUGCUCCUGUAGGCCUUUUUGUUCAUACCCCUUUUCCUAGUUCAGAACUCUUUAGAUGUUUACCACAUCGUAAAGAGGUUUUACAGGGUAUGUUGGGUGCUAAUGUUGUUGCUUUUCAAACUUACAACUACGCACGACAUUUUGCAUCUAAUUGUAUUCGAGUCCUGGGUUAUGAAUAUACCCCCUCAGGUAUCCUUGGUAAUGGUACCUUAAUUCAAGUCGAGGUUCAUUCGAUAGGUAUUGACGUUGAAAGAACACGUCAACAUUGUCGUAGUCCCGGUGUAGCACCAAAGGCAAAAGCGAUUCGUGAAAGAUACGCUGGUAAAAAGAUCAUUGUCGGUCGCGACAAACUUGAUCCCGUUAAGGGUGUCUAUCAAAAGCUGGAAGCCUUUGAGUCCUUUCUAGAUAAUUAUCCUGAAUGGCGUGAAAGGGUAGUCUUGAUCCAGGUCACGUCACCUGGUGUGCUUAGUUCACCUGAGUUGGAAAAUAAGAUCACUGAGAUCGUGGCUCGUAUUAACUCCAAGCAUGGUUCCUUAGAGUUUACCCCAGCUAAUUUGUUUAAUCAACAUAUUGAUCGCGAUGAAUAUUACGCCUUAUUAGAGGUCGCAGAUAUCGGUUUAGUAACACCCAUUAUUGAUGGCAUGAAUACGGCCAGUUUUGAAUUCUUGGUUGCACAAGAGGAACGUCAUAGUCCACUUAUUUUAUCUGAAUUUACGGGAACUGCCAAUAGUAUGAGUGCUGCUUGUAUUGUGAAUCCAUGGGAUUGUAAAGAAGUCGCUCGUGCUAUUGCAGAAUGUUUAUCCAUGAAUGAAGAAGAAAAGGUCAUCAAGUAUAAGCAACUGCAUCAAUUUGUUAACUCACAUACAGCAGCUUAUUGGGCUGAAUCAUUAAUCAAAUCAUUAUCCAAUAUUCCUAAAAGUAACUUGGGAAUAACAACUUCACUUGAUUCAUCAAGAGUCAAAAUUGAAUAUCAAAAUAAGCUUAAACGUGCUUUCUUUUUUGAUUAUGAUGGCACAUUAGUUUCUAUUCGUACUGAUCCUGAUGAUGCAUCACCACCUCAAAACGUCAUUGAUGUAUUAACAACUAUUGCAAAGGAUCCUAAUAAUAUUGUAUGGGUUAUUUCUGGUAGAAGACUGGAAUAUCUUGAAAAGUGGUUGGGAGAUAUUCCUAAUUUGGGAUUAGCUAGUGAACAUGGAUGUUUUAUCAGAGAUCCUAAUAGCAAAACGUGGGUUAGUCUCUUGGAAGAUGUUGAUAUGUCAUGGAAGGAUGACGUAAAAGAAAUCUUUGAAUAUUAUACAGAGCGUACACCUGGUAGUUUUAUUGAAGACAAGGAUUGCUCUAUAACAUGGCAUUAUCGUAAGGCAGAUCCAAAAUACGGACCUUUCCAAGCUAGAGAAUUACAAAAUCAUGUAGAACAAAACUUUGUAGGUAAAUUACCUGUUGAAUGUGUUAUUGGGAAAAUGACAGUUGAGGUACGCCCAACAUUGGUGAACAAGGGCAUCAUCCUUAAACGUGCCAUCACUCAAAAUCCAGAUAUUGACUUUAUUUUCUGUGCUGGUGAUGAUCGUACUGAUGAAGACAUGUUUCGUAUCCUUGAAAGAAUGGAAAUGGGUGGUAUUGAGUUGAUUCAAUUUACUGUAUUUAUUGGAAAACUAGAUAGAAAUACUUUAGCUAAUUGGAAAGUCGAUACUCCAAAAGAGUUUAUUUCAAUUUUACAAGCUUUGACAAAUUAAACCCAACUUGAUGUGAAAAGGGAGGGGGACGUGUGUGGCACGAGUGAGAUAUACGAUAUGUUUAUUUCAAUAAAAUAAAAAUAAUACAUAAAACUAUGUAUAUAUGUAUACACAUAUAAAGAAACU